UCAUGAGUGAUUUCUAAAAUAGAUAAUAUUUUACAUCUUCUUCUUCAAGACAGUACACUUCUGGUACUAAGGAUAAUGUUAGAAGUACUACUUAAGAAAAAGUAGAAUAGAUAAUUAACCGUGAGACACCAAAAGUGUAGGUAUAAUAAGUUUUUAAAUUUUUUAGACAAGAACAGUAGAAGUAGAAUAAAGAAGUGUCUAAUAAUAUCCAAGAAUGCAAUCUCAAUAAAUAUUGAGAACAUAGACCUAAGGUUUUGUAGGCGGUUAAAGCUAUGUGUCUAAUAUGGCAGCAAUACCUUAGAUUGGAUAUUAAGGCAAUUAUUCAGUUUAAUAAAAUUGUGUGGCUGCCUAAUAAUUAUGCAUGAAUGUUAUAGUUGUUUCAAAGGAAGAGAUUGAAGCACCUUGGAGAUUAGAGUGUGAAUAUUUACAAUCUUUAAUUGCUGAAUUAGAAAAAAGAAAAGAAGUCUAAGUAGUAGAAAAAAUAGUAGAGAAGGAAAAAAUUGUGACAGAUAACUCUAAAGUAGAGUUAUUGGAGUCUCAAUUAAGAUAAUUAAGAUCAGAAAAUGAUUAGUUGACUGUUCAAUUAUAAUCAAUGAGAGGAGAAAUUUAAUUAAGAAGUUCAUAAACUGAAGACUUUGCCUCUAAAGAAAGAGAAUUUUUCAAUUUGAGACUCAAAUUUGAGUAACAAAUUAGAGAUUAUGAGGAUUAGAUUAGAAGAUUACAACAAGAAAAUGCAAAUCUAAGAAAAGAAAAUGAAGAAUUAAUUUAAAAAAUAAGCAAUCUAGAGGUAAGAUAUUUUAAUAGUUUUAGAUGAAAGUUGCUAUGUUAUCUUCAGAGAUUGAAAGAUUAGUUUAUGCAAGUAAAGUUAAAGAUGGAGAUUUAGAAGAUUGGAAACUUAGAUAUGCCGAAUUGGAAUCUCAAGGAUUAACUGUUGUUCAAGAAAAAGUAACAUAUCUUUCUUCUGAAGUUGAAGUGUGGAAGUAGAAAUUCAUAAAAGUUAAUCAUGAUUAUAAUGAAUGUUAAGAAGAGUUGACUAUGUGCUAAGCUGAGUUGGAAGCUUUAAAGAAAGGCUAAAAGAAGGUAAUAUUUAAAAAAAAUCAAUUUUAGGAAGUUGUAGUAACAUCAUCAAAGGUUGUUUCAAGGACUGGUGGUACAACGACUACUUCAUCUAUGGGUUAGACAAGAAGCAGUAGAACAUAUGAAUAAUUUUAACCAUGAG